AUGGCGCAUCUUGAAGCCAUCGCCUCAGAGGUAUCGCUAUACCCGUACACCAAUGGAAAGAGAACGGGAAGCCGGGUGAAAUUCCCGGACACGGCGGCAUUCUCGUCCAUGAACAAGCCCUCGCGUUUCGAAGGAGAUAUAGUCGAUCUCGAAGUCACCGGGGAGAUCCCUCGCGAUAUCAACGGGACUUUCUAUCGCGUGCAGCCGGACCAUCGAUUUCCGCCAAUCUUUGAAGACGACAUUCAUUUCAAUGGCGAUGGCAGUGUCACAGCUAUCCGUAUUAAGGACGGACAUGCCGACUUUAAGCAGCGAUACGUGCGGACGGAUAAAUUUCUAAAGGAGGAAGAGGCACGGCAAAGCCUAUUCGGGCGGUACCGGAACCCGUACACGGACAAUGAGAGCGUUAAAGGCGUGAUCCGCACCGUGAGCAACACCAACGUGACGUUCUGGCGAGGGAUGCUGCUAGCCAGCAAGGAGGACGGCCCGCCGUUCGCGAUGGACCCGGUGACGCUGGAGACGAUCGGGCGGUACGACUUCGAGGGGCAGAUCACGGCGCCGACGUUUACCGCGCACCCCAAGUUCGACCCGGACACGGGGGAGAUGCUGUGCUUCGCGUACGAGGCCGGCGCCGACGGCUCCGACUGCGAGGCCGACGUCGUCGUCUGGACCAUCGACGCCGACGGCCGCAAGACCGAGGAGCUCUGGUUCAAGGCCCCCUUCGCCGGCAUGAUCCACGACUGCGGCGUCUCCAAGAACUACAUGGUGCUCCCGCUCACCCCGCUCAAGAUGUCCCUCGAGCGCCUCAAGGCCGGCGGGAAUAAAUUCGCGUGGGAUCCCAACGAGGACCAGGUUUAUGGCAUCGUGCCGAGGAGAGGCGGUAAGCCGGAGGAUGUGAAGUGGUUCCGGGCUGAUAACGGAUUCCACGGCCACGUCGCGGGGUGCUACGAGAACGCCGCGGGGCACAUCGUAUUCGACCUGACGGUAGCCGACGGCAACGUGUUCUUCUGGUUCCCGCCGGACGGCGCGAAGCCCGACAUGCCGGGGCGCCAGCGCCUCAGCAGCCCGACGUGCCGGUGGGUGUUCGACCCGUCGGCGGCGACGGGCACGCGCGUGACGCCCGCCGCUGAGUGGGCGACCAACGGCGAGUUCUCGCGCAUCGACGACCGCUUCGUGACCAAGCCGUACGCGCACUUCUGGCAGCUGCGCGUCGACCCUGCGCGCCCGUACGACUUCGCGCGGUGCGGGCCGCCUGCGGGUGGGCUGUUCAAUUGCAUGGCGCACUACACGUGGAAGCAGGACGCGGACUCGGACUCGGGCUCCGGAAUCGGUACGGAAGACGUGUUUUUCGCGGGGCCGACGGCGACGUUCCAGGAGCCGGUUUUCGUCCCGAAGGAUGGGGGGCAGGGGGAGCAGGGGGAGGAGGGGGAGGGGUACCUCGUCGCGCUGAAGAACAACCUCGACGAGCUGCGCAACGACGUGGUGAUCUGGGACGCGCUGGACCUGGGCAAGGGCCCGCUGGCGACGCUGCACUUGCCGGUGAGGCUGCGGUUGGGUUUCCAUGGGAAUUUCGUGGAUCAUCGCGAUAUUGAGGCGUGGCAGGAGCGCCGGAAAGGAGAGCUGGGUCCCGUGCAGCCGGCGAAGGAGCCGCUGCCGUGGCAGAAGGCGUUUGUGGCGGGUGGGGGUGGGAAUGGCGUCAAUGGUACGACGAAUGGUCAUCUGAAUGGAUCUUCGUGA